AACACGGGUGGGCAUAUUGUGCAAGGCGCGGUUCACCGAUUUGCUGAUCGAUCGAAAAGGACGCACUACACGCGAGAACAGGAAAGUGUUUCGUUAGUAACAGGUACUCAGUACAAGAUGCUUUCGUCACAAAACAAGGACGAUCUGAAGAAGAAAGGCUACACGGUUGUGCAUGAUGUACUUACAACAGAGGAGGCAGACGGAUUCCGAGGAGAGUACGAGGGGUGGCUCUCGCAGUUCGAGAAGGGCACAUUCCCGCAUACCAACAAAUCACUGAUCCAGAGGUACAGGGUCGGCCACAUGGAACCCACAUGGACUGUCCGUCUGAAGAGCAAGCACGUUUUUAGUCAGAUAUGGAACACCGACGAGUUGUUAACAAGUUUCGAUGCUAUCGCUAUAGGAAGACCGCCCGAGGAUGGAGAUGAGGAUUUCUUUCGUCCUGGCCAUCACUGGUUACACUGCGAUCAAAGACCAGCUCGAGUGGGACUACAUGCUUACCAAGGAGCGGUCUACUUGGAAGAGUGUCAGGAAGAUGACUGGGCUUUCGAAGUUCUGGAAGGGUCGCAUGAUCUCUUCGCUGCUUUUUACGAGAGUGAGCACGUCAAGAAGACGCUGAGACUGAAGCCUCAUUGGCGCCUUCGUACCUUAAGAGAUGAGGAUCUAACGUGGUAUGUUGAAAACGGCUGUGUUCGCAAACGGAUACCCGUUCCUAAAGGGGGAAUGGUGCUCUGGGAUUCCAGAUUAAUCCACGCCAAUUCUCGGCCGGUCAAAGAGAGGGAACACCCGGGAAGAUGGCGAUACCUCGUGUUUGUGUGUAUGACCCCCGCCGCCUGGGCUGAUGAGGAAUCUCUGAAACAGAAAAGAGAAGCCUACGAGAAUUUAAAAAUGACUACCCAUUGGCCUAGCGAUGACAUCGGUUUCUUCUCUGAGGAACUUCCAUCAUAUGCCGAAAAGAAGGUAAAAAUACCACAAGAAUUGCCAGCCAUCGCUAAGACAGCAAUGGCUAAGAGACUAGCUGGGGUGUUGACGUACGACGCAUCAGGAUGCGAGUCACGUUCCUCUUGCCCGCCAAAGCCAGAGUGGGAGGCGGGGAGACUGGAGGUGGUCAGAAAUCAAGAAGUAGAGUGGGAGACUCAACUGGCUGCUUAUAAACACGAGACGUCAGUCUUCUACUACAGGCGUGUAUUUGCUGCCUCCAUACUGGCACUUCUCCUAUCAGGAUUGUUCUAUGUCCUUAUGUAACAUGGAUUAAUAUAGGAUGUCAGCGGUACAAAUACAGACGAUUUAAAUGUCAGUGGUAAAAAAAAAUCAACAUUCUGAUCAUACAUUUGUAAAAAUAAAUAAUAAAUGUUUAUCUUGUACUGAUAUAAUAUAUAGGAGCGGGACGUA